GACAAAUAAAUGUGACGUCAUCUGCAUGCGCUCUGAUUGAUUGGUGUAAAAUAUGCUUCAUUUACUAAAAGCGUUUGUUUUUGCCUAACAACGUGAAGUGUAAACAAUGGUCUAAAAUGAUGGAUAAUGAUUCUUGCUCGUUGCAGACAGAUCAUUCUGAGACGCAGGACUCAAAUCUGACCACAGAAAGUCGCUUGGAUGAGUGUGAAACUGCUCCUUUUGUGCUCAGUCAAAAACAACGACGGGCUGUUCUUAAACGAGAGAGAAGGAAAAGAAAGCGCCAAGCUCUUGCUAAAAUCAGAGAAGCAGAUCAGUCACAAAAUGAAGACCAGAUUGAAGAUGAUGAAGAAGAGAAUACUGAGGAGCAGAGGGAGCGUUUACAUCAGGAAUGGAUGGAAAGAGAGAAAACUGCACAGGAAGAAUUCAAGCUGAAAAGAGAGCGAGAAGAGGCAGCGCAAAAGAGGAAGGAGGAGGAAGAGAGGAGGAUCAGAGAACUGUGGGAAGAGCAGCAGAAGAAAGAAAAAGAAGAGAGAGAGCAGAAGGAACAGGAGAAGAAAAAGAGAGAGGAAGCUGUGCAGAAAAUACUGGAUCAAGCAGAGAGCCAGCUGGAAAAUAGUGGUCCCUGGAAAAACCCUGAUGCCCCAAAGGAUUAUGGAACUGAAAAGGACAAAGCAAACUGCCCCUUCUUCCUUAAAACGGGUGCUUGUAGGUUUGGAGACCGGUGCUCCCGAAAGCAUGAUCACUUAACAUCCAGCACCACUCUGAUGGUGAGGGGGAUGUUUGUGACGUUUGGGAUGGAGCAGAGCAGACGUGAUGACUAUGACACUGACGCCAGCCUGGAAUACAGUGAGGAGGAGGUGCAGCAUCAGUUUCUGGACUUCUAUGAAGACGUUCUGCCAGAGUUCAAGAACGCAGGGAGGGUAGUGCAGUUCAAGGUGAGCUGCAACUUUGAGCCUCACUUGAGAGGAAACGUUUAUGUUCAGUAUGACACGGAGGAGCAGUGUAAAGAAGCUUUCAUGAUGUUUAAUGGCCGCUGGUAUGCAGGAAAGCAGCUGCAGUGUGAAUUCUCCCCAGUAACUAGAUGGAAAACAGCCAUAUGUGGUCUGUUUGACAGACAAAAAUGUCCUAAAGGGAAACACUGCAACUUCCUCCAUGUAUUCCGAAACCCAGGCAAUGAAUUCUGGGAGGCAGAUCGUGAUCUUCAUAUGUCCCCUGACCGUGGUGGAGGUUUUUCCGGCCGGCACUUUGGAAGCAGAGAUGGAAUAUGGUCCCAGCGUUUCAAUAGCCCUGAGCGAUCUCAGCGCAGGAGGACGGAUCGCAGGAGUCACAGCCGUGAGAGGUAUUGUCAUAGAGCGAGGCGGAGCCGCAGCAGGGAAAGGCGGAGCCGCAGCAGAGAGAGGCGGAGUUGUAGCAGAGGGAGACGCAGUCGAAACAGGGAGAGGUGGAGUCGUAGCAGAAGCAGAGAGAGUAGGAAGACACAACAGUCAUUGAAAAAAAAAUCACGAUCUCAGAGAGAGCAGUCCAGAAGGAGCAGGAGCCGAUCGCAAAGCAGAGAUCGGCUGGAUCACAGUGAAUUUACAUUAGCAGACUCCAGAAAAAAGAAGUCGAAAUCACACAGUCCGGAUCAUACAUCCAAAAACGGGUCUGUGAAACUGAGAAGUCAAAGGAGUGAAAGCCAAAGCCCAGAGAACUCUGACACAAUGGACAAAUCUAUAGCUCAACAUCACCACAAGUACUCUAAAAAGACCAAGAAGAAGAAAAAGGGCAAAAAGAAACACAAAAGAAAGAAGAGUAAAUCACACAGCCCGAGUUCUUUGGGGUCUGAUGAAGAUUCUGGGAACGAGAAGGGUGAUGUGGCUCCAUGCAAAUCGGAGAAUAUGAGCACUGAGGCUCCUGCUGGAGAUUGUCUAGCUGUGGAGUCUAGUGCAUGUUCACCGGAAGAUAAAGUAGACACCCAAGCUAUAGAAUGUUUUCACCCACAAGAGGAAACCCAUUUCGUACUUACAGAUGUUACCAACUCUGAGACCACCUGACAAUCUGGAUAAUUAUAUAAUAAAAAAUACAUUAACUGUAUAUAUUUUUUUCUUAAAGCAGCUAUUGUUUUAUUUUAGUUUAGCUGAGUUUUCCUGAUAGUGCUGUAAUAACUGCUUUUGAAUGUGUUGUCUGUAUAUUUGUAAUUAAAUGAAGACUUGUAAAAAGUGUUAAUGGGUAAUGGCUGUAGGAAUGACAUUUUGUGCGCUAUUAUUGUAGUUCUAAAAAGCCAUUUUGUGUGCAGGCGAUUCUAAGGGAUUCUACUUGCCCAUGCAAACGUUUCCACCAUGAUGCUAGGGUGUUGUGGGCGCAUUACUGUGUGGUUACUAGGGUGUUCUAGGUGGGUUACUCACACGUGAAAAGAGCCUUUCCCCAAGUCUAUAAAGCUGAAGUAUGUAAUUGCAGCACCACCAAAUGGAAUUGUAAAAAUAAACCGUUUUCAAAACAGC